AAAUAACUUUGCAACAAUACGAACAACGCAUAUAGUGACCAAACAAAUACAGGAGCAUGAACAUUCUAAUGAACUCAAUGAACAAUUUGCUGGUUAUAAACGAAUGAGAAAACAACAUCAAAAACAGUUACAACAGUUGGAGACAAAGUAUUCUGCAGAAAUGGAAGAACACAAAGUUAAACUAGACAAGGAAUAUGAGACUACUAGACAGAGUUUUACCAUGGAGUUAGAAAAAUUAAAGAGGAAAAUGAUACAAGAUCUGGAGAAAAGGCAAAAAAUAAACCAAGACCAAGAGAAGAAGUUGACAAAACAAAUUCAGGCCAGUCAAGAGAAAGAGCGUAAAAGCUUUGCUUCAGAACAGAAAAAAGAAUAUAAACAUAAUAAAGAACAAAUGAAAAAGAAUAUAGAUUCAAGUACACCUAAGAAAGAACGUGAUGAUGCAAUACGAAAUCAGAAAGAAUCUAUGACAAUACGACAGAAGGAGUUAGAGGAUAGAUUAGAUCGUCAACAAAAACAAAGUUUAGAAUAUGAAAUUAGAAAAUUCCGUCGGAGACGGUAUCUGCAACACCAUCAGUUAGAACAAGAACUACUCAGGGAGGAAUUGAAUAAGCGCCAAGCGCAAUUAGAUUAUGAACAUCAGAUGUUACUUAGACAUCACGAGUCAACGAGGGAACUAGAAUUUAAACAACUUGAGUCCUUACAAAAACUUCGGGACGAUCAUUUGAAGAAACAGCAUCAUACAGAAAGACAAAAUCAACAGAAUUAUAACCUUAAAGCAGAACAAGACCUGCGGAAGAAACACGCACUUGAACAGAAACAACAACCUCGAAGUUUACGGCAAAAGGAGUUACAAAUACGGCGCCAGUUCCACGAAGCAGUUAAGACGCAGCAGAAGCAAUACAAAGCUUUGAAGGACCAUAUAAUUGCAAACACUCCGAAAAAUGAAGUGAAAGCUGUCGCGAAAAAAUUAAAAGAAGAACAAAUGAGGAAACUAGCAAUUCUUGGUGAACAAUAUGAGCAGAGCAUAGCUGAAAUGUUACAACAACAAAAUAUGCGUCUUGAUGACUCUCAGUUAGCAGAGGAGAAUGAACUGAAGCAAAAAUUACAGCAGGAACUUGAGUUACUGAUGGCAUAUCAAAGUAAAAUCAAAAUGCAAACAGAGGCCCAACAUCAGAGGGAGAGAAAGCAGCUUGAAGAGAGAGUUUCUUUGAGAAGAGCAUUAUUAGAACAAAAGAUGGAGGAGGAAUCCGCAAAAUAUGAGCAGGAGAAGGCGGAACGUAUCCGUCGUUGCCAAGAGCGCCAGGCACAUGAAAUGGACGAAUUUGAUCAUGAAACUGUUCAGUUAGGUAUGAACUCGAUGGAGUUAGCGCAAGCUUCAGUGAGAGACAAUCAGUAUGAUGAUAUGAGUAUUCGUGGAAGUAUGAUCAGCUUGACUGCUAGCAGUAGUAACAGUUCCUUUACGUCACAACACAGCAAUUCACAGGCAUAUGUUUCACAAUGAAACAUGGUUAUACUUGUUUUAACGGAAAAUACUAAUUGAAACAACGGUCAGCAUGUCUGUUGGUGGGAAAAAUAAACAUACCAUUGUCACUUUUAAAAGAAGUAUGCUGAAUUUAGAAAAUAUUAAGCAGGAAUAUGACCCUUGAAAUACUGUAUUAUCAUGAAGGGGCAGUAGAUUGUAAGUGAACAGAAUUCUGGAAAUAAUUCCCCCAACAGCUUGCCCAAGUUUGUUCUUAAAUAUUGAGCUAUAUUAUAUAAGUGCUCUAUAUAUUAGUAACAACUAACUGGUAAAGUUGCAACGAUACAAGUGCUAAGUGUUUAGUUAAGGUAUGAAACUGGAAAAAGUAUUUCUUGCAGUUUUGAUGAGGAAAGUUAUAUACUAAUAUUCCAGACGUUAAUUAAGGUAACAGGUAUAUGCGAAAUCGAGCAUUCAGGUUGAAGCCAACAGAAAUUGAAGGGAAACUGCUGUUAUACGUAUAACUUAACUAGAGAAGGAAGCGUAUGAAAUUCUAUGCGAUACUUUGACUACAAUAAUGUGAUAUAUCCACGUCGUCUAUUUAACACUAUAUAUAGAACAAUAAUAAAUAUUAAUUAAUAUCGGUGAGUAUAAAUGAUUGUAAGCAAUAACAAUACAUUAAUUCCGGUUGUUUGAGAGAUUUUGUUCCUUACGUUCUUUGUUGAUAAAGAUGAAGUGAUUUAAAGGUGUGAUGAUGAUAGGUUUUAAUUUGUUCAUUACAGACUACCUGUAUAGAUUUGAUUAUUUAUCUUACCCUCUAGUUCAUGUAUAAAUUAACUCUUUUCUUUUAUAUAAGGAAUGUUUAAUCAUUAUUAUGUUGCAGCUAUUUUUAUACCUUAUUUUUGUUGAGUUAUAUUUUCCAUUUCGUCUUUGCUACUCAGUGUACACAUUCUAAAUUUCUUUUGUUACAGAAUUGGAAGUUUUGAGACCUGUCUAACAAUAAAUCUCUUGUCAUUGGUUAAAUUUUUGAAAGUGCUCAGUAUUGACCAAUUACAAGAGAGAAUAUUUUAGACUGGUUUCCGCUUUGAAUUUUGUAGCAACAGACUGUGUCCCUUGCUCUUCUAUUUAUGGUAAGACACAUACAUUUAUUAAUUUGGGACAAAGAAAGUAAAAUGUUAAAUUUUUCAUUUUGAUAUGUUAAUGCAUUUAAAUGAAUAAUAAAUGUUUCUUUAAAUCUUAUGUAAGAACGGUUAUCCAAGACUUGAGUUAUUAUUAAAACUAUGAGUAAUGCUAACAAUGAUAUAAGAAUGUUUUCUGUUUAACCUAGUGAACAGAAUGUUAUCAUUUAACGAACCUAUACAACUUGGAUAAAUUUUAAUCCGUGAAUGAUCAUCUUGUGUAUAAAUGAUAACUUGAUUACUUAGAUUAUAGAAAUGCUUGUUUCUUUCAGAAGAUCAAAACUUGAGAAAUUUUACACUCGAGUAUCUAUGAAUAGAAGAGUAAAGACCAGGAGCAUUACCUAUGACUUUUAACUUUAUUCCAUUGUAUGUCUUUCAGUUGUAUUAUACCGCUAUGCCAUUAACUUGUAGAUAGGGCCUGUUAACGUGAAGUAGCGUUACAUAUAUUAAAAGCUGUUACUACAUGCCUGCUGAUGUCAUUAUCUGUUGUGUUAUUUUCGGAGUAUGUUGCAAGUGUUUUAAUGUAAAUAUAUGUUAAACAUAAUGGGGGGGUGGGGGGGAGAUACUGUUGUAUGAUGGUAGAUGGUGAAAGAUCAUGCUACUAUAAAAAGCUAGCGAUUUUAUUGAAAGUAAAGCUUUCUGCUUAAACCUUUAAUGUGUUAGCAUUGCCAUAUGACCUUGCCCCAUACAUUUUGUUUGUGUAAAAUAAGAAAUGAAACCAAUUUAGGGGCACUGUAGUCAACCAAAGAGACUAGAAAGAAAGUAAUGAUGGAUUCCUCCAAUUGUAAUCUAUAGAAAUAAUUUAGUCAGUUUUCACAUAUAGCAACAUUGUCAUAUGAUGCUCUUGUUAUCAUUUGAAUUAUUUCAGUAUUGUUAUAAGGAACAUGUUAGUAAUUCUUCCAAAUAGACAGCAUUUACUGACAUCAUAUUGCAUGUAAUAAUAGCAAAUAUUGACACAAAAUACCACUGUAAAAAUAAAAGAAAUAUGUAUUCAGACUUUAUAUACCCAUAUCCUGAAAAUGCAUGAAUCUGUUUAAGGGUGUUAGUAUUAUUUAUAAUUUAGAUUUGAAUAAAUCUGGCUAGUAAAAAAAAAGAAAAAAAGUCAAAGUCAGUAAUAUUCUUCAUAGUGCAAGAAUAAAAAGUUAAAAUCUCCUUAUCUAAUAAUGUGUUAAUUUUGAGUGAUUUCAAUCCUUGACUCUGUAUAUUAUUUAGAAAGGUUUUCAAUCUCUCAGAUUUGGGUCACAAUUGAUAUUAAUGGGUACCGAAUAUAUUUACCACUGAGGGGAACAAAGGUCUGUCACUUAACUUAAAAAUUGGAACAUCUAUUGCCUGACCUUGACAAAAGUUUCGCUGAUGUGACCCAGCUAGGUGAAUAAGACUCAUAUUGCAGAAACCACAGAACAUUAUGAUACAAGUUCAUACAACAUGUUAUGCAAGUGCUACCUUAUUAUUAUUUAUUGUAUGUUAGUGCUUUUAAAUGCUGAUGAUAAAAGGAACGACUGUAUUUUUAAUAUUUUUGUUUCCUUUUGCAACAUAGCCAGAAAUUUCUACAGGCUUUCUUUGUUGAUAGAUAUUGCAAAAAAUAAUUGUCCAGGGUCUUAAAAUUUGUAUACAUCUUGCCAUGAAAAAUUGCAUUUAAAAUAGUCAUUGAAGUAAAAAAUGAUUUCACUUUGAAUUUUUAAAUUUAUACUCUGCUGAAAUUUCAAGCCAUGGUGUUCAUGCUUUAUGGAAAAAAAAUCAGAGCUACAGAAAUCUUGAUUUGCAAAAACAAUUGACUUGUUGUGAAGAAAACUCAUUAGAUAGAAGAUCAAACAGUUAAAAAAAGAAGCUUUUUUACUCUACUCUAAAUGCCAGGCAUAUGUAUAACAUUGUCUUUGAAAUGUGAGGCAUUUGUAUAUGUUACAAUAUGAAGACUGUGAUAUAAACCUGUAAGAAAAUUAUCAGCAUAUUUUGUAGUAUAAAAAAAUUUCCUUUUCAAUUGGGGGGUUGGUCUAAAAGUCAACUUUAAGUAUAUGCGGCUUUGAAGGCUUUUUAAAUAGCUCAGUUUGUAUCUUUAAUAUAUUUACACAUACAUAUAUAUACUCCUUUUCCCCUCUCUUGUAAAUGUACAUUAAUUGUAAAUGGCGAAAAUUUUGUAGAGAUUAUAUAACAUUGAAUUGUAUUCCGUUUUAUUGCCAAAUUUUACAAUGGGAUUGAUAGUUAUUACAUAACAAAAUGUAUCAAUUUUCUCCAUUUAAAGCCAUAAACAUAGUAGGGAAACAAACAAUAAAACUAUGAUAUGAUGUAUGCCCAAAAUGCAGCUUUAAAAAAAUGCAUUUCUUUUUCACUUAAGAUUGUUUAGAAAGUUUAAAAAAGUUAUUUUCUUUUACUUUAGUUAUAGUUAUACUAUAACUAUACUAGUUUUCUACUAUUAGAUAAGGUCCAUGAGAUAAAGUAAUUCUUCUUCAAGUUCUCUCUCUUUUGCUGUUGCAUGGCUAUAGUCUAUGUAAAGGGAACCCUGGCAUACUGUACUGAUUGAGAAGUGUAUGUUUAAUGUUCUUAAAUGGGGACAGUUGAAAUGUUUAAUAUUUAACUUUUGAUUCCAUUUAUUAUAAGUUGAUUCAACACAUCUAUGCACAUUUAAGUUUGUUCAUCAUCAUCAUCAUUUCCUCAAUGAUGUAUCCAUCGUUUUUGUUAUUGAAUCUCUCUCUUCAUCCCUUUCUGUUCUUGAUAUUCUGGCUCUUUUAAAAGGUGAUUUAUCCAUUUAUGGUUGGUGUAAAAAUAACAAUUCUUGUUACCUUCAUAUUCUUAUUUUGAUUCGAAAUUUUAACCGUAAGCGAUUAGCCUCUAGUAUAGAGAUAUAGAUAUUGAUAGCUAUGUACUAUCAAUUAUCUCGGGCUGUUAUGGUUAUAGACACCAGCUAUUUAUGGAUAUAUUACUAUAAUCAGAUUCAUUUUCAUUUGAUCACAAUGUCCUGAUGAAUUUUGUGCCAGUAUACAUUAGAAGAAGAAAAAAAAGUCAAGAGAAAUGGAAUUAUUUGCUUGUUGUUAUGAGCAACUCAUUAACUUGUAUAUGUAUCGCUAUGGUUUUAAUGUUAAUACUAAAAUAUGUUAUUUUUCCCUUGGAUAUAUAGGAUUAACUGAUGCAUAUUAUAUAAUGGUUUCAGUAAUAAAGAAUAUAUAUGACUUGAUUUUUUGUCAUUAAAAUAUUAUGUAUACAAGAUGAUUGUUGAUUAGCAUUUUAAAUGUAAUAUGUUGCAAAGAAAGUAAUCUGAAAUAAUGAAAUGAAUUUUAGAAGUAAAAAAUGAUUCUUUUCUUUAUUUAACCAUUUGUUUUACCAUAGCCAUAUUUAUUUGAUAUUCAAUCAAAUCUGCCUGAUUAAAACCAUUAUUUCACAAGCUGAAAGAAAUGAUAUAUAUUAUUGUUAUUCAAAAUAGUUCUUUCAGAUAAGAUGACUACAAAUUAUUGGUUUCUUAGGGGAAAUUUAAGACAAAAUUGAACGUAAAAUUGUUUCCUUUAUUAUAGAUCCUACAUAUAGUUGAUCACUUAUAUAUCCAUGGUGUUUUAAUACCAUAAUAAUUAUCAUUGAUAUGUAUUCUUACAUACUCACUAAUUAAUGAGAGAUUGAAAUUUUAAUAUGUGCAUAUGCAAGUGUGGACUUUCAAAUUAAUUAGAUUACUUAACAAUUUAAUAUCAACUUUGCUCAUUCACUAAGAAAUUCAGCUUUUCAGGUACUAUUUUUAACUGGCUAUUGUAAACUUCAUUUGCUAACUAGUAUUUUGAAAUGCUGUUAUGCAGUAGCUGGCAUUUUAUCCAUUCUUUGAAAUCAUUCGCAAGUCUUUUUGAAUAAUGCAUUUUAUUUUUUCACUCUAUAUAAAUCAUUAUUACAUGUAUGAUAUUACAAGUUAAUAAUUACCAAGCGUUCAGUAUAAUUACAUGUACACACAUACUUCAAUUGUUGUUUAACAGAAUUGAGACCAUUGUUAGUCAUCUGAAUAUCUUAUAUCUUCUGUAACCAUUUGAUAUCACUGUUUUCAGAACAUACAUAUGAAAGUAUUUAGACUUUUUUUCUCCCUUUUAUAUUUAAGCCGCAUCACAAGAAAACCAACAUUGUGGGCUUUUGACCAGCAUGGAUCCGCAUGCAUCUGCGCAGUCUGAUCAGGAUCCAUGCUGUUUGCUUUCAGUUUCUCAACUUUUAAUAGGGUAGAUAAGCGAACAGCAUGGAUCCUGAUCAGACUGCGCAAAUGCGCAGACUGGUCUGGAUCCAUGCUGGUUGCAAACGCACUAUGUUGGUUUUGUCGUGACGCGGCUCAUUUAAAGGUGGCACUGUGUCAUAUGUUAAGCUCUGUUCAUUGUUCUUGAAUAAUUGGUUUGUUAAUGUAUUAUUUUUGGACAGUCAUUUUCACAGGUGAUAGAAUAGAAAAUACAACAUAUGAGACAUUAUACUGUAAACUUUCGUGCUUGAUGGUUUACCUGGUCACUUUUACUUUUAAUUUAUUCCAUAUUGUUACUUAUUAAAUUUUUUUUGCUCCAACAUAUUGCCAUUUGAAGUGAUUACAAUAAGAUAUAAUUUACAAUAUAUAACAUUUUCUGUGUAGGACACAAAAAUAUGCAUAAAUAUGUAAAGUGGUCUGAAGAGGAUGAAUUUAGUAAACAAAAUUUGCUUUGAAUUUUUCAAGCACCAUAUAUUUUUGGAUGGCAUACAUUCACUAGUUUUCUGUUCUAGAGGGUUAAAAGUGGCUUUUUAUGUACAAUUUGUUCUCAGCUGUACUGUAUUUUUCCUUCACCAUUAAAGUAAAGGAAAUACUCUUAAUGCCAUAGACAGGGAACAAAAGUGCUAAUAGAAUAUUGUUUCAAUUGUUAACUGAUAAUGAAAUACGAUAUUAUUUUUUCUUGUUCUCAGAAUAAACUAUUCCGUUCUAGAACCUGUGGAAAUGGAUGUGUGAAAAUAAUGUGUACAAGCAAAAUGUAUGUAAAUCCUGUAUAACUCAGACUUACCUCAGCUUAGGUAGCUGUUGAUCAUCAUAUUUAAUAAAUAAAACAAUAAUACAGCAAUAUA